AUGGGGCCUGAAUUGAGGUUCUCGAUUUCGAAUCUUCUCUCCGAGUCGUUUCGUCAGCCAUUGGGCCAAUCAAAUCAGCACUGUCGACAAAAUCACCUACCGUAUUUCGACAGCCAGCACCCUCAAGCGUUUUCUUCCCUUCCGCUCCGUGACGAUACUGAAGAAACCAAAAUCUCCUGUAAUGUGUGUGGGAAGAUUUUCAAUGCUCAGUACAAUCUCAACCGACACAUGCCGGUUCACACUGGUGUCAGGCCAUUUGAGUGCAAGAAAAUAUAUUAUUCUUAUCUGAAAAGGCACCUCUCCAUCGAUUUCCUAACUCACCCACAUCCCCAGAUUUGUGGAAAAUCAUUUCGGCAAGCGUCCACUCUUUGUCGACACAAGAUUAUUCAUACAAAACUCAAGCCGCAUACG